CGUCGCGUAUUAUCUUAAUUGCGUUUUAUGAAUUCUUCCGUCAAUAAGGCGCUUGUAUUAGACUUGACCUUGUUUUGAAAUAUUUCUUCUGUUUAGUAUCAUUUAAAGAUACAGAGCCAUAUUAAAAAGUGGCAACAUACUGCUUACUUUGCAGGGAUGGAAAGUAUGGAAGCUACAUGAUUUUAUGUUUAAGAAUAUUUUAUAAAAAUGGUCAAGUUAACUAUUGACCUGAUCGCUAGGGGUACCUCUGGUUACACCAAGAAGAAACGAGAUGAAUCUAUGUCACAGUAUUUACGCAGAUUAACUCAUCUUUACUUGGAAGACAGAAAUAUUGAUGAAGUGAGUGAUGAAUUAUCAAUGUGUAAAAAUCUGUCUGUGCUGUACCUUUACGACAAUCAGCUGAAUAGGAUUCCUAUGCUUCACCAGAACCAGAACAUUAAUAUGCUGUAUUUACAGAAUAAUGAUAUCUGUAAAAUAGAGAACCUGACACCUUUAGCCAGACUGUCUAAACUGUACUUAGGUGGUAACUGUAUUACAGUAUUAGAGGGACUUGAUAAGUUAGACAACUUACAGGAACUUCACUUGGAAAAUCAAAGGUUACCUCCUGGAGAAAAACUUCUGUUUGAUCCACGCACAAUUAGAUCUUUGUCAAGAUCUUUACAAGUGAUUAAUGUGUCAGGGAACAAUUUAAACAGUAUUAGUGACUUAGAAUGUUUAAUAAUGAUACAACAAUUUCAUGCAACAGACAAUCAGUUGAUGGACAUGAAGGAACUUGCUAAUAUCUUUGGACAGUGGCAUAGACUGUGGAGACUAGAUUUGAUGGGAAAUCCCCUGUGUCAUAAAGCUAAAUAUAGAGAUAGGGUAAUCGUCAUGGCAAGCCAUUUAGAAAUUCUAGAUGGUAAAGAAAUAUCAGAAACUUCUCGUCAGUUCUUAAGGAAUUGGCAUGCAUCAAAAGAAGUACAAAAGAAGAAAAGAGAAGAAAUUUAUCGCAAAGGGAAUGUUGGAGAUUUUCUCGAUGGAAACAAAGAAUUACCCCCAGUUAAAGACCCACGAAACCCUAAAGUUCCAGGUUAUAUGAUGCCAGGCUACAUGAUGAAAGGAUUACCUAGAAAGCAGUUUGACGAACUUCUUGCGCGAACGACCACAAACAUGUCUGAGAAGCCAGAGCCAGACCGGACAACUCCAGUAAAGGCUAGAAGUGGUAUUCUCAGAUCUAAAACAUUAAUAAUCAGUUAAUUAAGAGAAAUGCCGAAGAUUUUGCGGAUUUCAAGAACAGUACGACGAUCGCAUCUGCCCCUGUACGAAGAAGACCUGUCAAUAUGACAUUUGAACUGACUGGUAACCUUGAUUCUACACAUCACAUUAAACCAGAUCAUCUCCUUGGACACUGACAUUCCUCAGUAUCCUAGUCAGUAGAUUACAUGCAGUCAUGCUGGAAUAAUUUAUCUUUGUUAUCAAUGCAUUUGGUUUUGAUCAAAAAGUUUUCUUUGGAAAUGAAACUGUACAAUACACAAAUGAAGCAACAUUGACACUAUACAAAGUUAUUGUUUUGGGGCACAGUGUUGUAUUUUACACAAUUAAAUCCGUCCAUUUGUUAUAUUGUUGAACAACAACACUUUUAUUACUCAUACUAUAAUAUAUUCAUUAAUUUAUUAUUUAUUUAUAUCACAGUAUCUUUCUUGUCAUAAAUCUUUUUUCAUCAAUUAUUUUGAAAAAUAAGUUGAAAUAUUGCAUUUUAUUUUAUCUGUAUAAACAGAUAAUUUUGUGGUCUAUAAUUUUUUUCAUAAAUCAGAAAGCCAUUUGGGUAACAAGUUAAAUUACUUGUAAAAAGAAUUGAAAUCAUUAACAACAUAAUAAUUUGAAUCAUAGAUUAAGAUAAGCCUGAUCUCAAAUAUGUUUGAAUAGACAAAAUCAAAGUUAGAAUAAUGUAUUGUGAUUCUGUAAAGUUAUUAUUUAUGAUGAACUUUUUGCUUGUGUUGCUGGGUUUCUGUUUAACUGACAUACUGUGGAUUCAUUAAUAUUCAUUUGAUACCAAUUUUCGUGACUUUUGUGGGUACAGGGGAACAACAAAUUUCAAUAUUCAACGAAUUAUAAAUUUUCUAAAGGAAUGUAUAUAUAAUUUGCCAAAACCACGAAAUUAAAUAGCCACAAAUAUGCAAGUUUUCUCAAAUCAUGAAAAUUGGUACCCACGAAAAUAAAUGAAUCCACAGUAUACACAGCAUCUGUUUUUAUUCAUAUCUCAAACAGUUUUUAUUAAAGA